AUGGCAGAAGAUCUUUCCAAUGUUAGUAAUGAACGCUUAAAGCAGAUACGUGACUCAGUUCAUGCUUUUCUUCAGGAUUCAAGUGUUUAUUCUAAAAUUCGUGAUAUUGUCGAUUCAUAUGUUGCCGAGAAUCCAGGGGAUUCUUUUAAUCCAACUUCUUCUUCUGAUGUAAUGAAAAUAGUUCGGGAGAAAGGUUUGGUUCAAGAUUUAUUAAAUCGGUUACAUACUGAGAAACGUCUUGGACUAACACAAAAUACUAAUGUGAACCAUUCAUGGAAGCUUGUUCCAGGUGAAUAUUAUCUUCAUGUGAGGUUAGCAGGAGGAAAGGCUUUUGUAGAUAAUCUUGAUUUAAGUCCAAGUGUUGCUAAAGAAUACCAAAUGUAUGUUGUAUUACAUUUUGGAUCUCAGCGAUAUCGAUCUAUUGCUGAGAAUACUUCUGUAGAUCCUCCUUUUAAAGAUGAAUUUCUUAUAGGACUUGAUUAUAAAUCAUUUGGUUCAUGUGCAGCAGAUUUAAUAGAAGUUUCAACACCACUUCAUGUAUGUGUUGUAAGAGAAGAUCGUUUAUUAACAAAUGCUAAAGUGAUUGGUGAAAAUAUUAUUGAUUGGAGAAAAGUAUUGCGUACCGGUUAUCUUGGUUUAACCGUAGAACUUUGUGGAGAUAAUCCUGGUAUUCCUGCAGGAAUAUUAGAAUUACAAAUAGAAUUACUUCCAAAUAAAGCACCUCGGUUUUCUGAAGAAGAUAUUGCUUCAAGAAUUGACUUACAACGGUCUGCUAUUACUUCUGCAGAUCGUGAGUUUCUUCUUUACGCACGUCGAUGGUGGAUGGAAUUUCAAGAAAUUCGACCUAGUCAUAAACAACGAAGGGUAAAAGUUUUUGCAUCUACAUCAAAUGGAAGGAUGGUUCCAACUACUCAUUUUAUUUCUGUUAUUAGAUGUGAAAGAGGAAUUGAAACACCUUUUGAAGCAGCAAGAUUUGUUUCUCUUUUUGCAGUAACAGAUGAAGAACAUUUAACACAAGAAGUUCUUCUUGGAGGAACAGGAGGUAAUAAAUCAACUAAUUCUUGGCUUUCAAUGUUUGUUUUCCUUUCACAGAAACGAGGAGAACCUUGUAAUCAUGCUGCACUUUUAUGUUCUUUACUUCUUGGAUUUGGUCUUGACGUAUACUGUGCUGUCGGAACUAAUAAAAAAGGAAAAACGGUGAUGUUUGUGGUUUCUCGUAAACGUAUGGGAUCAAGUGGUUUUGAUGUUAUGUUUUGGGAACCUACAACUGGAGACCGAUUUUCAUUAACAGAUGCACAUCCUUAUGAAACUAUUGGAUGUAUGUUUAACCAUCGUUCUUUUUAUGCUAAUAUUCAACAAUCAGAUGUUGUUGUUACGACUUCUUUUGAUCUUGAUAAUGAAGAAUUAUGGAAACCAUUAAAUCCAUUAAAACUUCGAAUGCUUCCAAAGUAUCCUAAUCCACCACUUUUAUGGGUUUCUUGUGACCCCAAAAACACAGAGGAUCAAUUACAAACUUCUUUGAUUCGUGAAAUAACUGAAUAUCGUGACACCCGUGGGAUUACCACAAAAUUUGACGAUAAUCUUUCUUAUGUUCUUUCACAAGCUCUUUGUGCUUAUGAAAGUUACCGGAGGAAUGGUACCCCAGAGGAUUUGUCAAUUUUUGAGACAUGUGUAAAAGGCAUCCUAGGUGAGGGUAGAACUUUCAAAGGUGUGCCUGUUAAUGUAACUCAUUUAAACAGUCGUAAAAUACUUGCAGCAUUUGAGAGUACUGUUUCUGGAAGAGAGAUUUUGGAGUUAACAGCGGAUAGUGUUACGCUAGCUGUUCAAGUAAAGGUUUACGUAUUUCCUGAAGGUAUUUUGUCUGUUUGGGUGAUGCUUGCAGCAUCUUACAGGUUUUCUGCAGCUCAACAUGUUUCGUAA